AUGUCCCAGCGCGCGCGCGCGGCGCGAACGCUCGCGCGCGCGCUCGUGGAGACGACGAAAAAUCUCCGCGUCGAUCCCCGCGCGCGCGCGCGGUGGUGUCACGACACCGCGAGCCUGCGAACGCCCGAGAGCUCGCGACGGGUCGUCCGCGAUGAGGAUCGAUUUUGGUUCGACACCAACGGGUUCUUGAUACUGCGAAACGUGUUCGACGACCGGGAGAUCGAGGCGAUGAAUCGAUCGAUCGACGCGCGCGUGCGCGAUCCGGCGACGGAACGAAAGGGAAACUUACGGCUCACCAAGACCGGGGGGCCGCUGAGCGGAGAUGGGACGACGGGACGACGCGACGUCGCGGGCUUUCUGGGAUGGCCGAAGGGCGAGCGCGAGCCGUUUCGGAAGGUUUUAGCGCACGAAAAGUUGAUCCCGUACGUGCACGAGUUCGUCGGGAUCGGCUAUAGGCUCGAUCAUAACCCUCUGUGCAUCGCGCAGGAUCCGGGGGCGGAGGGGUUCGAGUUUCACGGGGGGAGCACGCUGGACGACGGACGAUGGAAUUGGCCGCUGGCGUAUCAGUACGCGCAAGGGCAGAUUCGGAACAAUUUGCUCGCCGUCGCGGUUCCCUUGACGGACGUUAAAGAGGGUGAGGGAGGGUUCGUCAUCGUGCGCGGUUCGCACAAGAGCAACUUUGCCGCGCCGGCGUCGGUGAAGCGUUACGAGAACGGCGUCGAGCACGGGUACGCGCCGGCGCUCAACGCGGGCGACGCCGUGUUGUUCUCCGAGGCUACCACGCACGGGACGUUGGCUUGGAAGGGAGCGAAACAGAGACGAACGCUCAUUUACCGCUUCGCCCCCGCGACGGCGGCGUACGGACGGGGGUACAAGGAUUCUUGGCCGAGCGAGUGGCUCGAAGGGACGAACGACGCUCAACGCGCCGUGCUCGAACCGCCGUACCACCCGCGACUCGAUCGCCACGCCGUCGCGGAUGACGGCGUGAAUGUCAUCAAACCCGCUCCUCGGGAAGAGUUCAAGGUGAACUUCGACGAGAAGGUGUUCAAGUCAAAGUACUUUUAG